AUGGGAUAUAUAAUAAUGGAAAAGCUUGAUCCAUUAUCAGUGGUUGUUGAGAGACUAAAAUCAUCAGAUAAAAAGGAUUUCAAUCAUCCAGAUUAUGAGUUAAAUGAGAUUCGGAUAUCAGCAGAUGAUUUUCUAUUACAAUAUCCAAGGGGGGCUUAUACGUCCGCUAGAACUGUUAAAAGACAUUCUAUUAUGGAUUUGCAAGGACAUAUUGAUCGAACAGUAAAUUCCAUGCAAUUAAUAAAAUUUAUUCCAAAAAAUGAAAAUUCUUCAGAAGCGAAUCAUGAUGAUAAUGAAGUAGAGCCGCCGCACAUUACCCAAGAAUUAAUCCCAUAUAGAGAUCCGGAUACCUUUAAAAAAAUGAUUUUACCUUUAUUGAGAAUAGGUUUAUUAAGGUAUUAUGAAAUUGAGGAAUCAUCAUCUUGGCAUAUUAAAGGUAAAGGUGAAGCCAAAGUCACUUUUCUUAUUUGUUAUUCGUUUGAGAAAAAUAGGCCUAUGUUAACUUUACAUUUUACACCCUUACACGCUCCAAGUACACCUAAAUGCAAAGUUGAAAUGUAUGGAGAACCGAGGAAAUCAGCCGAAGCAAAAGAUUCAAAGUGGGUUCGUGAACGUAAUGUAUUAGAGUUGAGUAAGCAUCCAGGAUUUAAUGAAAUCUUACUUUCGGAUUCUCAUACACACAACGUUUACGAGGGUUUGAGUUCCAAUUUUUUUGCAGUACUAUAUAAUCCCGAUAAAAGAGAACCUUUAGUUAUAACUGCACCUUUACAAUAUGUUCUGGAAGGGACUAUAUUAAAAAUAGUUAGAAUGGUUUGUGAAAGAGAUAAAAUCGAUUUACAAUUUUGGUUUCCUAAUGCUGAUGAUGCUGAACAUUGGGAAGGCGCUUUUAUAACAAGCACAUCUCGAUUAGUUUUGCCAAUUGAAUUGAUCAAGUUUCGUGAUGGAAGGCCAACGUUGAAAUUACCUCCACAUAACGAUACGAUUGAACAUAUAAAAAAUGAAGUUGAAAAAGAAAUUACUCAUAGAGCAUAUCGUGUUUUAUGGUAA